AUGCUUUUCUUGAUUGUGCUGAUAGCUGUUGGGUUAGCCAGUGCUGAGGAAGAUCGGAAACUUUCCUGGAAGGAGGAUGACGGCCUCGAGAUCAAGAUUGUGAAGCCGAUCAAGAAGGAGGCAGUGCAAGGAAGUCUCAAAAGCGGAUACACCUUCGUUCUGGGUAAAGGGAGAGUGAUCGCGGGAAUGGAUCGAGCAAUGAUUGGAAUGUGCAUAGGAGAGAAGAGAAAGAUAGUCAUCCCCGGAAACCUCGGCUUUGGUGAGGGUGGAAGAGAAAGGUCAGUUGAACCUGUAUGA